AUGACCAUCAUGAACUUCACGGUCACUUUGGAAACCCCGGAAGGCGCCCAAAAGAUUGAAUGCGCGGACGACACCUACGUUCUCGACGCGGCUGAAGAAGCUGGCAUUGACUUGCCGUACUCCUGCAGAGCGGGCGCGUGCUCUUCGUGCGCGGGUAAGGUUGUCGCGGGUACCAUCGACCAAUCCGACCAAUCCUUCUUGGACGACGACCAAACCGGUAACGGCUUUGUGUUGACUUGCGUUGCGUACCCGACCUCGGACUGCACCAUCAAGACGCACAUGGAAGAAGAACUCUAUUAA